AUGGCCUCGCUAGCUAAGAUGCUCUCUGAACGAGAGGGAUUCAACUGUAUCACUUUCGACAUGCGAGGGAUUGGCCGUUCCACUGGCUCAAGCACCUUCACAGGGUCGGAUGAAGUCAAGGACGUGGUGGCCAUGGCCAACUACGUCGGAGUGAACCUUGUCCCCAAGGAUGAUACCGCCCAGAUUAUCCUGCUCGGGUCAUCUGCGGGUGCUGCAAUAGCAGGCAGUGCGGCUUCGCUGGUCGACAACUGUGUGGCACUUAUUUGCAUUGGCUACACUUUCGGUUACAUGGCGCGAAUGUUAUUCGGGAGUCACAUUUCUAAGCUGGAAAAGUUUACUGGUCCGAAGCUCUUCAUCAUGGGCACAGAGGACUGCUGGACGGGAGUGUCACAGUUAGCUUCGUAUGUCCACAAGCUCGGCCCCUCAGCAGAGUAUCGUCUUAUCGAUGGCGCUGGCCAUUUCGAUUUGGAGAACAGCACUGAAAGAACAGGACAGAUUGUCGACUUCGCCUCCGAUUUCAUAACUAAGGCUUCAUCUAAACAUUAA